AUAUAUAAAAAAAGAAUUAUUUUAAUUCAAAAACUAUUUUUUUCGUAAAAACCAAAAAUUUAUUUUAACAUGUUUUUUCGAUGUUCGUAUCGUUUUUCUACUACUUAGUAUUAAUCCCCGUUCUGGGUUAGUUCGUUCCUCCAUUUCAAAGCAGCUAUGGAUUCCGAACCUGCUGCUCCGUCACCGAACCCAAAGCCAAACCUACCAACCCCAAGUAACGCCGUCGUUUCCUCAAAACCAAAACAACGAGACUUAUUAACCCAUUUGGAAGCUUACCUCGCCAAACGUGACGGCGUCGACAAGCUUCUCAAGAUUUGCCGUUACGUCACGAAGCUGAUUGUCGCUUCGUCCGUCCUACCUUUGGACCCGAACCUCUCUCACCGUCUCAAAAGCUUCGAAUCUAGCGUCGGCGUAAGCCGGAAAGCUUUCCGGCUCGGGAAAUUCGUUCAAGACCUCAACGCGCUUCGUAACACGCGCGUGGAUUCCACGACCGAGUUGAUCAUUUCCGUGAUCGCUUACGGGAGUGAAGGAUUCUACUUUUUCGUUGAGCAAUUCGUUUGGUUAGCGAAAACCGGGUUGAUAGAUCCGAAGCGUUCGAGAAUUUUGACGAAGGUGAGCGCUUAUGCUGAACUCGUUGGUUAUUUCGGUAGUGUGGCGAUGAAAUUUAGGGAUUUGGGGGUUAUUGUUGAGGAAGAAGGUUGUUUGAAAUCGAGCAUUGAGAUUGAGGGUUUGAGAGGUGAUGAUUUCGGAGAGAAAGAAUUGAAGUUAGGUAAAUUGAGAGAGAAGAAACUGAUGAAGAGGUUCUCAAUUGUUCAGGAUUUGGCUGAUGGAUUGAUGGCUUUGGAUGAUAUUUUGGAUGGGAAUGCGCCGUUUUCGAAGCCGAUUGUGCUGUCUUCUGCUGGGCUUUUAUCAGCUCUUAUUAGCACUCACAAGAAUUGGGUUUCUUGCUGAGUUUCUGGUGCGUUUGUUUUGUUCUAUCUAGUUACUUAGUCUUAGACUCGAUUAUUUUUCUUAAUAAAAUGGGGUUUAUUUAUCUUCAGUUAACAAUAAUCCAUAAAUAAAAUGGUUACAUCUUGUUGCAA